UGAUAGCGGCUGGCCGGGUCUGCAGACAUCACAGUGCGGCCAGGCAGCUCAGGCUCGGCGGACAGCGGCCGUGUCUGUGUGCCCAUUCCAGGCGGGAGCUGCUGGCUGUGCGUCGUUCUGGACGCGUGACGUCACGAGCGACUGACACCUACAGCUGCGCUGGCGCUGCCUGCCGAGGACCACUACUCAACUCACAGAGACCUUGAGUCAACAGAAGAGAUAAUAUAAAGCGAGUAAUGCUAAUGGAGGUAACUGCUGUAAAGGAAUUUUGAAAUGCUACCGCAUUCCUGUCAAGAAUAAUUGAAACAGAGUGGCACUUAUCAUGGAUUCUACAGAGAGAAUCUGGAAGGAAAAGAAAAAUAAGGGUGCCGCAGUAUAUCGCAGCAUCAUUAACUGGCGCCUCAAAAAACUAGUGUGGAAAGGAUAUAAAAACACACUCACUGAAGAUGACUUAAGGAACACCGAAACUGCAGAAGGACCUAAGGAGAUUGGGGAAGAGUUACAAAGGAACUGGUCAGCGGAGGUGUCGGCAUCGCAGACCUGCGGCAGAGAACCCAGCCUGGCUCGGGCCGUGGCCAGGACGUACGCCCGAGACUUCUGCCUGCUGGCCGUACCACUCGUCAUAGAGGCGGUCUUUCUAAGGCUCGCCGUCUGCUACCUGGGUGGGUCGCUGUUGGCGGCCAUCUCUCCAGAAGGGGCGGUGGGGCGGCGCGGCGCGCUGGCGUGCGUCGGGGAGCUGGCGGCGGCCAUCCUGCUGAGGACGCUCCUCAACGACCACCACCUGCGGGCGGCGGCGCGGCUGGGGGCGCGCGCCAGGGCCGCCUGCUCCCUGCUGCUCUACCGCAAGGCGCUGCAGCGCCACGGUGGACCCGCGCAGCCGGAGCGCAUGGUGUCGCUGCUGUCGGGCGCCGCGGCGCGGCUCGAGGUGUCGACGUCGGUGUUGCACUGGCUGUGGCUGCUGCACGUGCAGGCGGCGGCGGGCGCGGCCCUGCUGUACCACGUGCUGGGGCUGGCGGGCGCUAUUGGCCUCGCCGCCGUCUACGUCGCCUUCGCUCCAGCCCAAGCGUUGCUGGCGCGCGUGUUGCUGCGGCUGCGCAGGAGCGUGGCGCCCCACACGGAGGCGAGGACGCGGCUGGUGGCGGAGCUGGUGGCCUGCAUGGCCGCCGUCAAGGCCAACGCCUGGGAGCCCGUCUUCCAGGCCGCCAUCCAGGCGGCGCGCAGGUCCGAAAUGUCCAGAGUGGCGAUGGAGGCGAUGAUCUCCGGCUUCAGCAAGUCCUCCGUCAUCAUGGUGGACAGGCUGGCCGUCUUUGCCACUCUGCUCCUCUGCACGCUGUUCGGGUACAGGAUGGUCGCGUCCAAGAUCUUCACGGCCGUCCUGUUCUACUUCGACUUCAAAGUGUCGCUCGCUGUCUGUUUCCCUGCCGCAGCUUCAGCGUGGUCGGAGUGCAAACUGGCUGUAGAAAAUAUGCAGAAAUUCCUGCUGGAGGAAGAUGGUGCUGCCAACUCGCAGCAGGUGGUACCAGCCGCAGAGGCAGAGCUUCCAGUGGGCGCCGUGGAGGCGCGCGAGGCCAACUUCCGGUGGACUUGCGACGGCCCAGAUGUCCUCGAGGGGAUCUCCUUCAGCCUGCCACCGGGGUCUCUGUGUGCCGUGGUGGGCCCCGUAGCCAGCGGCAAGACGUCGCUGUUGAUGGCGCUGCUGGGAGAGCUGCGAGCCUCAGGGGGCCGCGCGUCCGUGUCCGGCGCGACGUCGCUGUCGCCGCAGGAGGCGUGGGUGUUCAGCGGCAGCGCGCGCCACAACGUGGUGCUGGGGGGCGGCGAACGGCAGCCCGACGCGGACCCCGGCCGCUACGGGGCGGUGCUGGCGGCGUGCGCCCUGCCGGGGGACCUGCGCCGGCUGCCCAGGGGGGACGAGACCCCUGUGGGCGAAAGGGGGGCGCGCCUCAGCGGGGGGCAGAGGGCCCGUCUGGCGCUCGCCAGAGCUGCCUAUCAGGAUGCGGAUGUCUACCUACUGGAUGACCCACUCUCUGCUGUGGAUCCCCACGUGGCCAGCCACGUAUUCCGUGAGUGCAUCCUGAAGCUGCUGGCUGGCAAGACAAGGCUGCUUGUCACACACCAGCUGAACCUCUUGCCCCUCUGUGACCACAUCAUCGUCCUCAACAAGGGUCGCAUUGAAUUUCAAGGAAGAUUCAACGAGAUUCAAGAAAACUACCAAGUUCUGACAAACAUUAUUUCCCUCAGUGCAACUGGAGGGCACAUCUUGGAAGAGGCUGAUGACGAAGAAGCUGAAAGUGAAGCUACGGCGCUCGAGGCAGAGGACCUCCCGUGGAGCGAGCAGAGGGCGGCCCCCUCCUGGCGCCUGCUGUGGGCCUACCUGCGGGCGGGUUCCGGUCCCCUGGGUCUGACCGGGCUGGUCGCCUGGCUGGUCGUAUCCCAGGCCGUCGCACACGGGGCCAUCUACUGGGUGGUCAUCUGGUCUGACCUGGAGGCCGGCGGGCGGCCGCGGCCCCCCCAGUGGCUGCUGCUGGGGGUGCAGGGCGGGCUGUCUCUGGCCAACGUGUUCCUGCUGGGCGCGCGCGCCGCGCUGUUGGUACGCCUGGCGCUGCGGGCGGCGCGCGGCCUGCACGACGGCGCGGCCGGCGCCCUGCUGGCGGCGCCCCUGCCCUUCUACCAGCGCUGCCCGGCCGCCGCCCUCGCCGCCCACUGCAGCGAGCACGUCGCCACCGUGGACCGCGCCCUUCCGCCCAGCCUCGUGUUCGCCACGCAGCUAAUGCAGAGGAUUUGGACACGGUGGACUGUGUGCGGGUCUGACCUGGAGACCGCCGGCCCACUGCGGACCUCCCAGUGGCUGCUGCUGGGGCCAAGGUCCAUGGAUUCAUGA